CGCCUAUACAAAAUGUAUUAUAUUUAUAUUAAUUUAUAAAGAGUUGGACCAUUCUCAAGAGAAUUUUGCCUACAUUUAAAUGUUCCCCCCUUAUCCUUAUGUCUGUUGUAACAGUUUGGGCUUUAAUAGUAAUAUUUGCAUGGUGAAAAGCUUGAAUUUUCGAUCAAGCUAUAAGAUUAAACUUAAAUAAUUAAUUGCAUUAACUUCAAUGAAUGUACGUGGACUUAUCUCACAUUAUUAAGCAGGAAAUUUAGUUAAAGAGCACAUCGAUCCCUUGAGACCCGAUAAAUAAUAAUCUGCCGGCCAUAAGAAAUGAAUCUGUAACUUAAUCUCCUCAUUAACGUUGGCCCCGCCCCCGUCACUUGAAUGUGAACGCUGAUUGGACAGUGACCUCAUAAAAAAAACCUGAAGGCGACCCAAUGGAUAAAACACGUGCCAGGCGCAUCUCUGUGUCAGUAUACCGAGUAUACUUUCAUCCGACAGCUCCCGAAAUCGGACUUUGGGUGAAUCGGACGAGAAGAUGCCACGGGGAUUCUUAGUGAAAAGGAGUAAACGAGGCUCACCUGCAUCAUACAAGGUGCGCGUUGAGGAAAAAGAGUUGUCUCCCCAAACUCCAAAUGGACCCACAAGUGUCCUGGUUGAAUGUCCAGACUUGGUGGAACCAGAACCUGUUGGAGAAACAUGGACAAGUGGUUUAACCUCUAAAAAUGACCAGUCACGUUUACUGGAGGAGACCGGAGGAGUGGUUGGAGAAAACUGCGAUUAUGCACAGAGCUACUUCAGCCAGCCGGAGCAGAGCGCGCCAUCUCCCGAUUCCUACAGCCCGAUCAAACCGGUCAGCGCCGAGCUCAAGCAGUCGUUUUUGGACCGUUGUCUGAGCUCACCCGCCACGGCAGAGUCCUUUCCACUGGCCACCCCGGUGUCCUCAAUCGAGCGUCUCCUUAUGAACCACGCAGACAUGAAGUAUGGCACGCCAGUGUCCACUUCGUUGCCCACUUAUCCAUCAUUUCACCAGAGCGUAAAGCGCGCGUUCAUGGAGUCCGAGCGCAAGAGCAAACCGCCCGCCAAAAAGCCCAAAGUCAUCAGAAAACUCAACUUUGAAGACGAAGUCACCACCUCACCAGUCCUGGGGCUUAAAAUCAAGAAGGAAAGCCCCGAAACCAAGCUGGCACCAUCAAGCCGAAAGAAGCCGCUGGGUGAGUUCAUAUGCCAGCUUUGUAAGGAAGAAUACCCUGAUCCGUUUUCCUUGGCACAGCACAAGUGCUCCAGGAUUGUGCGCGUUGAGUACCGCUGCCCGGAGUGCGAUAAAGUUUUCAGCUGCCCUGCCAACCUCGCUUCGCAUCGAAGGUGGCACAAACCUCGCAGUUUAAGCACUGGAGAUGCCCAAAACGGGAAGAAAUCACAACUAGAAGUGCGUAACCAUGAAAAAACUUCAGUGGAAGGGAAGGAGAACGCCAGUAAGAUCAGAGUAAACAAUCAGCACCAGCUCAGUCCGGACAGCUCCCAACACCACCGAUCAGCACCGGACAGCAACAUGAUGCACAGAGCAUCUCAAGACCCUCCUACUCUGGAGCAAAGGUAUCCAUCCACUGAGAAGUGCUUCGAUCUGCAUAUCAGCUCCAGCGAAAGCUCCAGAUUGUUCGAUCACUGCCCCGAAGAGCCCGAAAGGUCCACCACCCCAUAUCUACCCUCAUCGGGCGCUGAAGAAGUGUAUGAAUGCCACUUCUGCAGCAAGAAGUUCAGAAGGCAAGCCUACCUGAGAAAACACCUGGCAGCACAUGAGACAAUCAAAGUAUCCUCCUAUAAUCUUCAUCACAUAGAGACCGGACAGAUCACUUUUCCAUGCCACCUGUGUGGAGCACACUUCCCUUCAGCUGAUAUAAGGGACAAACACAGACUUUGGCAUGCAGUCAGAGAUGAUUUGUUACUCAGACCAGAUCUGAGUCCAGGAGAACAGCAGAUCUUCUCAUGCAAACACUGUCCGUCCACGUUCUUCAGUUCUCCAGGUUUGACCAGACACAUUAACAAGAGCCAUCCGACAGAGAAUAGACAGGUGAUGCUCCUACAGAUGGCUGUCAGACCGGGAUGCUAAUUUCAGAUUAUAAACAAACAUUUUUGAUUGUUUAAUGGCUCGUUGUUCAUUUUAUUGCUCAAUAAUCAACUAUGUGCAGUAUUUUUAGUUGAGUUUUUUCUUUUUGGUUAACAAACAACAGUUUAUUUAUCCCUUGAUAACCUAGGGUAACACAUUAAAAGUAAUUAAAGGAAAAUACCGGGUUCAAUAAAAGUUAAGCUUAUCCGACAGCAUUAAUGGCAUAAUGAUGAUUACCACAAAAAAUAAUGUCAACUCGUCCAUACUUUUCUUUAAAAAAAGCAAAAUUUGAAGUUACUUUGAGACACUUACAAUGGAAGUGAAUGGGGCCAAUUUUUUCUUUCAUUAAUUCUUCUGUUUAAACUCAUGUAUUAUUUGAGCUGUAAAGUUGUUUAAAUCAUUUUUACUAUCAUUUUAUGGUUUAAGGGUUUGUUGACAUUACAUCGUCAUGGCAACAGUGUAAAAUUGGCUAUAACUUUUCGUAGAAAAGGUUAGUGAGGGAUUUUAUCACAUGAAAACCAUGUUAACGUGCAUAUUGUUUACGUCUUGUGGCUAAACUUUUGAAAUAGUAUUUUAAUGUUUACUGAUUGGCCCCAUUCACUUCAAUUGAAAGUGCCUCACUGUAACCCAGAUUUUAGAUUUUUUUAAAGAAAAUAAGGGGCAAGUCAAACAAUUUUUUUUUUUUUUUUUUGUGGUAAUCAAUAUUAUGCCACAAAUGCUGCCAAAUGAGCUUAACUUGUAUUGAACCCAAAAUAUUCCUUUAACAAACAUUAUAUACCGGGUUCCUACCUUCUGACCCAUGAAUUUUCAUGACUUUUCCAGUUGUUAAUGAUUACUGGAAAAAAGAUUUUUAAAAACCAUUUUAAUUCACAAAGAGCACUUUCUUGCUGAGAAUAACUAGAAAAAGGUAUAAAAAUAACUGUUUGACUUGUAAUUUAACUUAUUACAUUUCUAGAUUUUAUUCAUUUCCAUGACUUCUCCAGACUUGGAAAUCACAUUUUAAAAAUCCUUGAUAUUUCCAGGUUUUCUAUGACUGUGUGGAUGCUGUAUAUAUUGCUUAACUUAAUAUUGUAUGAAAAUAUUUGAAUUUCUAUUUAAAAUGAAUAAUUAAUGAUCUGUUAACCAUUAUAUAAUGUUUGUUAAUGCUGUUAACAAAAGUUAUAACGUGUUACCUGUUACAUAUGAGACUAUUGCGUAAAAACACCAGAUCUACUCAGUUUUGUCAUAAUUUAUUACUCAAGGCACACAGUAGGUUAUUCUAUUAACAUAUGUAAUUAUGAUGGGGGAAAGUGAAUUAGUGUCUCUACAAGUGGUUCCCAUGGAAAGCUUGUUUAGUUUUAAUCAUCUUCGGAGGUGCAUUUAUUUAUAGCCUAUGAAUUUAAGAUACUGUAUGUACAACAGUUUCUGCAAAAAGAAAAUGUAUUUAUAUCAUAACAAUUAACUGCCAGGAAAUGCUUAGCACACAAUAGGACUUUUAGAAGCCUACAUGUAAUAUUAAACCAUAAGUGUCAUAUUUAUAUUUUCAUAUGUAGUCUGAACAUUUUAAACUGAUAUGGGGAAAUUCAAGUCAAUAAAUCAAAUUCUUUCAAAUGUGGCUCAUUUGUAAUUCGCUCACAUCCACACUGAACAUUUAUUUAAUUAUAUGCACUAAAAUAAUGACAAUCUGCUGUUACAACUUCAUCAGCACUGAGGUCAUGAAAUAAGUGCACUAACUUAUAUAACAGGUUUUGCAGCCCCAUGUGUUCUAUAAUUUACAAUCAGAAUUUUAUAUAUAUAGGCCUUCAUAGAAAAAAAGAUUUUGAGAAUAAGUUUAAGCGAGAACAUGAAAAUAUUAAGUAAAUUCUACAUUCAAACAUGUAAAAAUUAAUGCUCUAGCUAAUAAGUUAAUAUAAUUUAUGACUGAUAGUCAUUUUUACAGUGUGUCAUCAUGUAUAAAUCCUACUGUAGAAAGCCAUGUCAAAUUUAUUUGCUAAUUUGAGUAAAUUUAGCUAAUAAAUAUAAGUAAAUGUUACUUAACUUUUCAAUGCUUUUGCUCCCAGCAUUUACUGGGCUUGAAUAUUUAAUUAGCAUGCAUGGUUUCACUGUUUGCAAGUUUAUUUACACCGUUUUAUUGUUAAUUUUGGUGUUACGUUUGGUAACUUCUUGUUUUGUGCAGUCUGAAUUUAAUUUUUUGCUCAAAAUGACCUGUUCAUGAUCCAAAAAAAUGAUCUGUUGAUUGUCACCGUCAUCGUGUUUUGUUGAGGUCUGCGUGCUAUGUAGCUUGGUGAUGUACUCUCAUAGACUACAAAGCAUACAUUAAGCUUCCCUAUAGGAGGCUUCUGUAUGUCAUGUAUAACAUUAUGAAUGUGUUUGUAAGGAAAAUUCAAGACAUGUCAUGUUCUAAUAAUAUGUUCAUUAAAAGUUAAUUUCAGUACUAUAUAUGUAUCAUAUUUGUAAAUAUAAGUUACAGUAUUUACUAACAUGUUUAUGUUAAAUUUACUUUAACAAUAGUAAAUUUAAUCACUUUAAUCAAUAUUGUCAGGAAGUUAAAUAGAUUCUGCUUAAUUUUAUACUGUUGUUAACUUAGAAAAACUGUGGGAAAACCCUGUGAAAUAAAAAUCAAGCAAAUCUUACUAGCCAUUUUUUUUUAAGUGUAUAUACAAAAAUAUGGCUGCAAAAGAACUUAUAUGCACCCAGAAACAAAAUUAAACUGCACAUGACUUGCUAUGUUGCAAGAAUAGUUUUAUUCUUAAGUGUAGUUUCACAUCCACUCUCCUUCUACAUCCAAUACAAAUGUAUAGAUACUACUAUCGUAUGACAAUAUUGUGGAUUUGUGUUUGUGCGUGUGCUUGCAUAUUGUGCAGCUGUUCUAUCAACACAUGCAGUUUGUACUGGAAUCAUGCAGCAUUUGGUCAGUAUUAACAUACAUUAAAUCUACCCAUGUGGGAGUUGUUUUUUCUUUUGAAAUUACGCACAAUUCUCAAGUCUCUUGUGUGCAGGCUUUUAAUAUACACUUUAUUUUUUCAAUCCAGAAAGGUGCUGUAUGAUUUCAACUCCAUAUAAUAAUUUUGUAUGAUAAAUUUGUAAACAAUAUCAAAUUAAAAUGAAAAGUAAAACAAACUCCACAAAGAAUGACCCUUGUGAAGUCUCGCAUAACUUCCAAUAAAAUAUACAAACCUGCAUUUGACCUUUGUCAAAUACAACUUGCAACUGUAGUCUAUAGUGUCAGUUACCCUUUAAUCCCUUAAACAUUCAAAAGGAAAACAAAAAAGUGACUGAAACAAGUUUCAGAGAUGCUAUUUGCACACUGGUCAAAGAACAAAAGCAACGAAAACAAACAGGUCGUCUCUACAUAUGCAAAAUGUCACAUGACAUGGGGUCUCCCAGUUGAACUAGCUCAAAGUGUCCUGAAGUGGGUAGUUGUGUUCAAUUUGACAACGUUGCCCUAUCCCUGCAAGACCUGGUAAUGUGGCUACUCAUUCGCACUUUCUUCAAAAUCUCUUUCAAGAUGAAGCAAAGAGGCGUUGCGGCCAGUGAUCUAUGCUGUAAAUGAGCUGAUAAACCUGUGGUGGCUUUCGUCUCUAAGGCUGCUAUGCAAAGAAACAAUACAACAGGACAAGAACCCAGCAAAACCAAGCCAUAAAGAUCGACAUUCAAGCUGAAGAGAUCACAUUUGCGCUUUUUGACUUGUUCUAAGUGGCUUGAGGUUUAAUUAACCUUUUGAUCUUUUUUUUUUUUUGGUUGAUUUAAAUACUGUUAAAUAUGUACACAGAUCAGAUACUGUUCAUACACUAUAAACAUACAUUAAAUAUGUAUAUAUUUUAUAUUUAUAGAUAUAUACACACACAAAUAACCAUUACAAAUGACAAAAGGGGGCCGUUCAAUAUACGUAACAUUAACAAUAAAAUAAAAAAACAGUAACACCCUAAUCAAGUGAAAACUGAAUUUACAAUCAUAACGUGAUCCGUAAUGAAAACUUACAAACAAACAAAAAAAAAAAACUAAAAAACCCCAGAAAGAAACAGUUGUCAACUUUAUAUAAAAACAAACUCUGAAAUAAACAUAACAGCUAGUGCUUAAGUUUAAACAUACACCUGCUUUACAAACA